CCCAACCGCACCCCUGGCCCCUUGGAUAGUAGUAACGUCACCAACACGCCGAUGACCCACGGUCCUUACUAUAACUCUUGAAUGACUUAUUACUUACUUUUUCAAUAGCUUCUACUAUAAAAUAGUAGUCAUAGUGCGGGUCUUCGCAUUUUCAGGCUACCAUUUCUCAUAGCUUUUCAAUAAUCCUUUCGAUUUAUAACUGUACAUGGUAGGUUAUUAGAAUGUUUUGCCGAAAUCAGGUGUCGAGAAGCACGAUAGCAAGGGGGUCAGCAUUGGAUCUGGAAAUACGACGACUGGGGCAUUUCAACACUCUUGGGGACUUGGCACAGGACGGUGAGGUGCAGCGUCAGAUAGACCGCGAGGUGCGGAUGCGUGAGGGAGCCAGUAAGCUGCUAGCUGCGUGCUCCCAGAGAGACCAGGCCCUGGAGGCCUCCAAGAGCCUGCUCACCUGCAACACCCGCAUCCUAGCACUGCUCAGCCAGCUGCAGAGGAUGAGGGAGGCCCAGGUCCUGCAGAGAGUAGGCAACAGGUCCUGUAUUGGUGGGUCACUGGAUGAGAGGCUGCCCUGCAUGGGUAAUGUGGCCAUCUCAGACCUGCGUAUCCCACUCAUGUGGAAAGACUCAGAGUACUUCAAGAGCAAAGGAGAGCUGCAUCGCUGUGCUGUGUUCUGUCUGCUCCAGUGUGGCAGAGAGAUCUAUGACACAGACCUGGUGAUGGCGGACAGGACUUUGACUGACAUCUGCUUCGAGGACACCAUCAUAUUUAAGGAGGCGAGCCCGUGCUUUGAGCUACGUGUGGAGCUGUACAGUACCUGUGUGGUGGAGGACUUCUCUCCGGGCCCAGGGGCACUAGGACCCAGGAGACAUAACCGCCUCAGCAGCUCCCUGGGCUGCACCUCUGGGAGGAGGAUCAGGGCAGCUCUAGAGUCUGCAGCCUGUGGUACCAUAUCCAAUGUAGAGGGAGGUGAUGGAGGAGGAGGGUCUCCACCACCUCUGCUGCCUGCUCUCUGUACAGAGGGGCCAAAGUAUCACCUUCUGGCCCACACCACACUGACAAUAGCACAUGUUCAGGACAGCUUCAGAACACACGACCUGUCCAUAUCAGCCACAGAGGACAGUGCAUUCUGGCUGCCUCUCUAUGGCAGUGUGUGUUGCCGUCUGGCAGCCCAGCCUCUCUGUAUGACCCAGCAGGUUAUCAGCGGCAGGAUCAAGAUUGAGAAGGAGCCUGAGUGUUGGACUGACAUCUACGGUGUCCUCAAAGGGACAAGUCUUACCUGUUACCACAGUCAAGAGAGCAUGGUUGCCCAAGAGGAGCCGUUAUUCACCAUCGCCAUCAACAAGGAGACCCGCAUCCAUGUGUCCGAGAGAGGGCCUCUCCACCAUACCCAAAGUAUAUCCAUCAGCACACACACCCGAGGUGACGAAGCUGUCACACACACUCUGGUCACACACACACCCCAGGACACACAGCGCUGGAUGGAGGCCUUCUGGCAGCACUUCUAUGACAUGAGUCAGUGGAAACAGUGUUGUAAUGGCCUGAUGAAGAUCGAGGUACCCUCUCCUAGGAAAUCCCAUUUGGUCACAGCGAAGCAGGGGUCGCUUUACCACGAAAUAGUUGAAGGACCCUCCAUGAAUGCCAGGUUGUCCCAGUCAAGGGGACCAACAUCAGGCAACUGCAUCAUCCAGGACAGUAUCCACCUCUUACCAAACUACAGCACCCCCCCAACCCCCAAUUGUACUCCUGCUCUUGGGAGUGACGUGCAGUGACACUCCUCUCCCAUGACACAGUGUCUCUGUACUGUACCUAUCCCUGUCCUAUAAUAGCACGAAACAGCCACAAGAGCUAGCCACUCCUCUCCAGGAACACAUACAGGAAUGCCACAAAUUGAGUGCUGCAAUCACACACUUUUGCUAAUUGUAGCAUUCCACACUCUUGAGUUAUUCUGGUAAUGCAGCCUUGACCUUUUCUAGUCCAGACUCAAUGUUUUAUAGGAUACUUGGCUCUUCUCUUUACUUGUCCAAAGUCCAAACCCAAUCGGCUCUUAAAUGCAGUUAAUUGAUUUUAAAGGGUAAAAAUAUGUUGGUAUGAUUUUGGUGCUUAGUCUUACUUUUAUUCUUUAGCCUUCUCUCAACCUAUUUAAAUGAGACCGUUUUGUUUCGGACACAAAAAUUCAGGACAAGAUAAUCAAUAUGAUUGCAAUGCGGAGCAUGUAACUCAAACUUGAGGAUUGCAAUAAAAACCUAAAACCCUUUA